AUGGGACUCGGUUUGAAAAGACCCGAUGAUGCCGUGGGCUCUGCUGCCCCGGCCAUCUUGAUCGGCCUGUUCGUCGCAUUUGGCGGUGUUCUCUUCGGGUAUCUUGAGAUCGACGCUGGCGAGAAGCGCGCUGAGGGUGCUACUCACCACGAGAGCGUCGGUGCUAAGGCUGAUGUUUAA